AUGUUCAACUACCUGGGAGCAGAGGUGAGACCCCAGUUCCACCGCAGCUAUGGGGCCCAGCAAGGGGUGUCCGGGCCCCUGAGGAGCCGUCUGGAGCAGCUGAAGAAGCCGUGGUGGCGAGAACUCACCCCUCUGGUGCUGCAGCACAGCGAGACGGCCAGGCUGGCCAUAGACGCCUUCCUGGAGCAGGGGGAACCCGGCUACCUGAGUGCCAUCACUGAGGAACGGGAACUGCCUUUCCUCUCCAGCCUGGACAUGGAGUACAUCAGUCAGCAGAGGAACCAAAGCCUUCCAGAUCCCAGUGCAACGAAAGACAAAGAGGCUGAGCCUGGCGACGAGGACCCUGCGGACAGGGCCUCCCUCGACUCCGAGCUGACGUCCGGCACCUACUUUCCUCUCAUGUCUGACGUGCACCCUCCAGAGCUGGAGCUGGGGUGGCCGGGGAUACCCCUCCUGACGGUCACUGGCCAGACUCAAGCCACUGUCAUUUUCCAAAGGAACAAAGCCAACAGCAUCAAGGAUUUGCUGCGGUCCCUGAUCAGCCGGGCGCGGAUGGUGAUAGCAAUUGUGAUGGAUCUGUUUACAGACAUGGAACUCCUCUGUGACCUGCUGGAGGCCUCGAGCAGGAGGCACGUCCCUGUCUACCUGAUCCUGGAUGAAGAGUACUUGAAACAUUUCAUGGAAAUGUGCAAUAAAAUGGCUCUUACUCAGGACAACUUACCAAACAUGCGUGUGAGAUGUCUGAGUGGAGACACAUACUACAGCAAAGCAGGCAAGAAAUUUGCAGGCCAAGUUCUGGAGAAGUUUGUCCUGAUUGAUUGUGACCAAGUUCUUGCUGGAACAUAUAGUUUCACCUGGCUUUGCAGCCAAGUCCACACUGGCCUGGUGACCCACUUCCGUGGGCAGAUUGUUGCAGAGUUUGAGAAGGAAUUUCGGUAUUUGUAUGCAGAGUCCAGAGCAGUGACCAACUUCUGUGUGCCAGACCCUGGGACAUCUCCCUCCUCUCACAAUACCUCAAAAGUUGACAGUUACCUUUUAAAACCCUCACAGGCCAACGAUGCUGAAACCUCAAGCCCUUCCAGCAGCCUUUCCAAUGUAAGCAUCAGAAGCAUCAAGAUGUCUCCCUAUAUGAAAAGCUCCAGCUGCAAUCUGCACCAGGAAAAGCAGGAUUCAGGCUCUGACUCUGGUACUAAGAAGGGGAAUGAAGACUCAGCUCUGAAACCCACUUGCCCCAAGCAGCAAGGAGAACCCCCAGACUCACUGAACAGCUCUCCAAACAGAUCCACCCCAGCCUUGUAUCAGAAACCAAAUCUCAUGACAGCAAGGAUAUUCCUGCAGCCCGAGCCUUCCCCUGCCCCGAGCUCCCCCAGACCUGGUUAUCAAGGGGACAGCAAAGCCAACAGCAGCCACUGCUCCCCCCUGGCACAGGAGCAGCCACUGCUCUCCCUGUCUGAGGGUGCCAGCAGCAAUGGGACAAGCCUGAAGCAGAAAGGGGCAACUGCAACCUCUGGGGAACCAACAGCAGAACCUGACAACGCUUUUUAUGGGAUGGAAAAAAGACAGAGUCCUGGGGAAGGAAAACUGGAGCUGCUGGCCCCGUACAGCCAGCUGAAACGGGAGAGGAAGCCCGUGGUGCCUUGCUAUGAUAAACUCCCCGAGGACAUCCUGAUGGCAAAGAACAGUGCCUAUGGGGCUGAGAAAAGGAUGACUCUGGGGCACAGCAAGCUGGAUCUGAUCACCAAGUACAACAAGUUGAAAUCCAAACACGUACACAGCCGGUUCGAGCUCUGACCUGGGCCUUCAUCCGUCCUCUGGGAUGAUUUCCAAGUGGUUGCUUUUCCCCACCAAGCCCAGUCAUCUCGGGGGCUUAAAAUCAAAAUG